AGUUGAAUAUUUGAGCAUUUUAAUUUAAGUUUAUAUACGUUCAUAAAUUACAACUAUGUAUAGCAAUUUAGAAAUUAAACAAUGAUUUUGGCCAAAUUAUAUUUUAUUGAAUAUAUUUUGUUCUCUGUAUAGUAUAUACAGAUAUCCACGGGAACCAAUAAUUAUUAUUUAGUACUUACUGAAUUUUGUUUAGUUGUAUAAUUUGUUUGUUCAUAAAAAUUGUGAAUGUUAAUAUAAUUUGUGUAUUAAUGAUGUUCCAAAAACUAUUUUGGGUAUUUUUUCUGCAUGCUUUAUUUGACAGUGUUAUGAACACUGAAGGUGGUUUGAUUACUGACUUGAGAAAAUUACGUGGAUACGCCAACAUAAUGUCGAAUGUAGCUGGUAAAAAGAGUGACACAACUUUUCAGCAAUUUCAACAUUCUAAAAGUAUGGUCAAACAAGAUGAUUCGCGGAAGACUGCCAAACAGUUGAAAAUAUUUAAAUUGAAAACAACAACAACAACAGCAACAACAACAUCAACAACGGUGACUAAAAAAAAAUUAAGAUUAUGGAAAAAAGAUUGGUUUGGAUCCAAGGAAAACAAACAGAAGUCUUUAAUUCAAUUAGUCGGACAGGAUAAUCGGAAAUUUGAACUCGAGGCGGCUACAACGGAGAAGAUGAGCACUGGAGACAUGAAGGGUAUGGCUAAUGAUGAUGUCCAGCCGACCGUGGUCACCCAAUGUUUAUUGUCAACUAGUUGCAGAACUAAGGGGUCAGUGGUGAUCAUGACGAAAGUAGGUGAUCAGACAAUCGAUCCGAAUUUGCCCACAAAGCGUUUGGAACCGUUUACACCUCAGACUCGGACCACAGGCUGGCAAUCGACUACCGGCGGCACCAAAUGUCCGAAAAAAAAAUGGAAGUGUUAUGGGGUAAUAGAAGAUGAACCGGCAACGGAAAAGUUGGAUACGAUCGGGUCGUCAUGGGAAGUCUAUACGUUACCAACACGUAUUCCAAAGGCGCCAACGCCUAUUAACCCGAUAACGAAAGGGUUUUUGCGAAUGACGUCGACGGAUCGUUGGAGGAGACGACCAGCCGACAAAUGCACCAAAGCUCCUGUAGUAGCGUAUUAGUUAAUAUAUAUGAGUAUAUAUAUUAAUAGGCGUUGGCGCCUUUGGAAUACGUGUUGGUAACGUGUAGACUUGCCAUAACGUCCCGAUCGUAGCCAACUUAUCCGUUGCCGCGGUUCAUCUUCUAUUAUCCCGUAACACUUCCAUUUUUUGGUCGGACAUUUGAUGCCGCCCGGAAGUCGAUUGCCAGCCUGCGGUCCGAGUCUGAGGUGUAAACGGUUCCAAACGCUUUGUGGGCAAAUUCGGAUCGAUUGUCUGAUCACCUACUUUCGUCAUGAUCACCACUGACCCCUUAGUUCUGCAGCUGGUUGAAAACAAACAUUGGGUGAUCACGGUCGGCUGGACAUCAUCAUGAGCCAUACCCUUCAUGUCUCCAGUGCUCAUCUUCUCUGUUGUAGCCGCCUUGAGUUCAAAUUGCCGAUUAUCCUGCAGCUGGUAUUUUUUUGUCGGACAUUUGGUGCCGCUGGUAGUCGAUUGCCAGCCUUUCUAACUUUUUCCAUUUUUUAUAUAUAUAUCCAAUAAAAUAUUUUGUUAAUUCGA